GCGGACGCAGGGCUGGGUUUCCAUUUUCGCAGCGAGCGAGUUUCGGGGAGCAACAAUAUGGAGCCGGAGAUGGAGGACAAAACGUUGGAGCUGAUGGUGAGUUUUGGAUCGGAUGAUUACUUGCUGCACCAUAAUAUUGAUGUCGGAGUGCGUAAUAUGGUAUUAUGUCUCGAGAGUAUAAUCGACCGAAAGGAUUUUUAACAAACAGGAGGGCCAAGAUGACAUACAAAAUAGAUUUUAGCUAACUAACAUUAGCUAGUAGUACCGUUAGCUACCUAGCGAGUAGAGGGAGGGCCCCAAUGUCCGUGAUCUAACAUUAACCCGUGGCUCAUGUUUGUAAUUAUUCUAACUAACACCAUAAUGAUGAUUUUGGAAAUGAUUGGGAGGUGAAUGAUUGUCAACCGAAUGGUAGAGGUCGACAGGACGAGGAGUGAGUCGGCUAGUAAGAGAAAGGGCCGGGAAGUGGGCCGGUCGUUAAAUACUUAGAUGCUAACCAGUUAACUAGCAAAGCAAACUAGCUAGGCGAUUGGAUCUCACUGCGUCGCCGCUGCGCCAUUUGUCCGGCUCCAACAAGUUAGCCACAAGCUUUCGAGCCACUCCCCACCCUGUUCAUUACCGAACACUGGAGUUUAGUUUCUGUCAUUGUGAAUCAGUGGCAUUUCAAGCUGCGUAGAAGGAAGUGGUUAGCUGACGUUAGGUUGCCGGUAACUAACCAAGUCAUUAGCCACAGUACUAGCUGGUAUGUUGAAGCAAACAGCUGGAGUUUUGCCUACAUUUUCUGAGUAGGUAACGUUAGCUAACAAGUCCGUAUGACAUUCUCGUCAGACAAGAAGGCCAGGUAGGUAGGUUAGCUAUUCAGAAAUGAACGUAAUCGUGCGGUAAUGUUGGAGAGAAAAAUGAUGAUGGGUAGCUAUAAUCGGUAGCUAGCUAGCCAUCCGUAGAUUGAUGUCACCCACGUAUCCGAUUAUCUAGUUUGCUCCUUCAUAGGUGCAUUUGUUCCAGACAGUGUUCUCUGUUUUGUCACCUUAGAAAAUCUUUGCCCAUAUCGAUCAUUCCUCUGUUUCCACACAAUAUGUCACUGGCUAUCUUGCAAAGUAACGUUAGCAGCCUAGUCCUGUGCUUCUGUAUUGGACAGAGCAUGUCAGUCUUGUGGCAUAUGUUAGGGUAAGGCUAUAGUCAUAUGACACUUUCACUUAAUAAUGUCGAUACAGGCAGGAUUAAUGUCAGCUAAAUAAAACAAUGACUGCGUGUGUUUUGGCAACAAACAUACUGUUAGGUUCAGUUGUAGGUAAUUUGUUGCCCCAAACAAACAUACCCACACAAUCCUAGGAGGACACCAAGGCUGAUAACAUUUAGACACAGCCAGGACACACACUCACAGUCGGAAGUGUCUAGCACCUGCUGUGUUUUUCUAUAAAAAGGGGGUGGCAAUAAGACACCUCAAGAUACAACUGUUGCCACCCAUAGCAUUUCCCAGCUCUCAAUUUGUCUUCUCGUUUUAUGUUUUAAAUGGAAUUAUCAGACCAUCUGGCAAUAUCAUUACCUCUCACAGCCAACCUUACAAGGUCUGAUUUCUUUACCUGAUUUCAUGUCAGUCUUCUGAAUACAGGUGUCAGAUUGACAUGGCUUUGCAGGUCUGAAGAAGGGGCAGCUGUAGACAAGCCAUGGAUUCCUCCCUCCCUCCCCCCUCAAAUCCAACAAGCAUCUGCUAAUACACAUUAAGCUUUAACCCAGCCCCCCAUACUUAAACAAUUAGUUUACGUUGACUGACUGUUUCUUCAGAUUAGAAUUUAUGGCAAGCCUGCUAUUCUGGCAUUGUAAUUGGUCCCCAUGGUCCUCUGUAGCUCAGCUGGUAGAGCAUGGCGCUUGUAACGCCAAGGUAGUGGGUUCGAUCCCCGGGACCACCCAUACACACACACAAAAAAUUAUGCACGCAUGACUGUAAGUCGCUUUGGAUAAAAAGCGUCUGCCAAAUGGCAUAUUAUUAUAUUAUAUGUUGUACAGUUUCGACCAGAAGAUUUGGGCUGGCUUUGUGUUAUGUUAAUGAAUAAUGUGUCUCUUGAUUUACUAAUGGCCUCCUCUCUCUCCUCUCCCUCAGAACACCACUUUCAUGGACUCCCAGACAGAUGACCUCUCAUCAAAGAAGAUCACAGUGUUCAAGGUGAGCCAACAGACCAUGGGUCCAUGGCCAGAUAGUCAGUCACUGAAGUGUAAUGGUAGUGUAUAUAUUUUUUUUUAUGUAACCUUUAUUUAACUAGACAAGUCAGUUAAGAACAAAUUCUUAUUUACAAUGACGGCCUACACCGGCCAAACCCGGACGACGCUGGGCCAAUUGUGCGCCGCCCUAUGGUACUCCCAAUCAUGGCCGGUUGUGAUACAGCCUGGAAUCGAACCAGGGGGUCUGUAGUGACGCCUCAAGCACUGAGAUGCAGUGCCUUAGACCGCUGCGCCACUCGGGAGCCCAUUAGCCUAGUCCACCUCAAAGAACACAUUUAUACACUGUGUUAUCUCCCCUUUUUAUGUCUUCAUAAUUAUCUUUAAAGUGUGCCGUGUGCCAUCAAUAUUGACAAUCUAGUCGUGGUUUACAGUGGUCAGUGAAACAGUGGGUGUACUAAUGCCAGACUACAGCAUACCCUUUUGUCAUCAACAUUUUUUCUCAGAGCACAACGUCGUCAUGGCCAGCAAUUUGAAAAGGCAAUCUACACAGACCAAAACCAGACUCAAUAUAUAAAGCCGGUUUCCCAUACAUAGAUUAAUUCUAGUACUGGACUUAAAAUAAUGCUCAAUAGAGAUUGUCUGGGAAACCGGCCCAUAGAGUUCUGUACACUGACUAGCUUUAUUAAGGCCCAAUGCCCGUCCCUCAUUUGACAAGAGAGCCAUGUAGACUGAAGCUCUGACGAGUCCAUACAUUUUACAGUACAGACCACUGUAGACUGAUGGUUUAUAACCUUUCCAUUUCUGUGUUCAGACGAUCACUAACGGUCCGAUGACGAUGACAGGCUCAAGGAAGCGGCCAUCGGAAGGGAACUAUGAGAAGGAGAAGGACGUGUGCAUCCAGCUGUUUGACCAGUGGUCUGAGGCUGACCAGGUGGAGUUUGUGGAACACCUGAUCUCACGCAUGUGCCACUACCAACACGGCCACAUCAACUCCUACCUCAAACCAAUGCUCCAAAGGGACUUCAUCACUGCACUGCCAGGUAUGGUUCACACUGCAGUUUGAUAUUACUUUGUUAGUAUGACCACGUCAUGUAUUAUUGCACCAAAUUAAUUAGGGGUGUGAACAUAAACAAAAUUGGGAUCCUUAAUGUUAAGAAAAAUCCCAAAUGGAAAAAUAAUGUAUUAUUAUUAUUAUUAUUAUAUAUUUUUCUAACAUUUAAAUCACAGUGCAGCUGGCUCACCUGCUCUUUCUCUUUGCGAAUGAUGCGAUUGUGUGUUCAGUCUUCGGUCUGUUGCGUGUAUAAUAUCCUAGUCUAUUCAUUGAUCAUAGGCCCUGCUUUACUGAAGUUGCUAGACAUUGCAAGCCAUGAAAUUACAAAAUACAGCAUUCCAUUGCGAGAUACAGCUUUUGAUUGCCGAUAUAAUAAUAAAUAAUUAGUCAUUUAGCAGACGCUCUCAUCCAGAGCGACUUACAGGAGCAUUUAGGGUUAAGUGCCUUGCUCAAGGGCACAUCGACCGAUUUUUUUCACCUAGUCGGCUCAGGGAUUAGAACCAGCGACCUUUCGGUUACUGGCACAAUGCUCUUAACCACUAAGUUUAGUUGCCGAUAGAUAGGCCUAGUGCACGGUUCUGACUCCGCCUGCCAAGUGGCCGACCUGCCUAUACUGUGCCCCUCCCCUCUCUCUCUCUGUCCCUUGCUAGCUCGCUAUGAAAGAUGCAAGUGUUUGUGUUCUCGGAAGUACGGCAACUAAUCAGUCUCCGUUUAAAAAGAUACUGAAUGUUAGGAGUCAAUUCCUAGCGGAAGAUGUGUUUUCUUUCUACUAAAUGCCUUGGUAAGUCACAGUAUUUAAACUUUCAAGUACUCUUUUAGGAGUGAGUGGUCUGCGCGCAGGCAGUUCAAGGUUAUUUGAUUGACAGUUAUGGUCGCCUAGUGAUGGACGUUAGUCCUGCUUCAGAAGUGUCAUUCCUUUACAGAAAAAUGCCUGUUCAGAGGCACUUUGAAACUCCCGAGUGGCGCAGCGGUCUAAGGCACUGCAUCUCAGUGCUUGAGGCGUCACUACAGACCCCCUGGUUUGAUUCCAGGCUGUAUCACAACCGGCCGUGAUUGGGAGUCCCAUAGGGCGGUGCACAAUUGUCCCAGCGUCGUCCGGGUUUGGCCGGUGUAGGCCGUCAUUGUAAAUAAGAAUUUGUUCUUAACUGACUUGCCUAGUUAAAUAAAGGUUAAAUAAAAAACAAAUAAAUCUUUAGAGAAGGUUUUGUGUCUGCAUUUAAAAAGCUGUAGUGUACCCUUAGACAAACAAAUAUGUCGUAGCCGAGGUGCUUUCAAGGAUAUGACUGCGGUAGAUAUAACUUAGCGGCCAUAUGUAAUUGGACCAUUAUUCUGCAUUGUGAAUUGACGUGGAAUUUGGCUAUUUUUUCUUAUUGUUUUAAUGAUAAACCGAGACAAAAAUGAAUUUUUAAAUGCAAAAUGCAUUUGUCACAUCCCUAAAAUGAAUGCACAUAUACAGAAUAUACAUUCAUUUCAUUUCAUUUUUAGUCAUUUAGCAGACGCUCUUAUCCAGAGCGACUUACAUGAGCAAUUAGGGUUAGGUGCCUUGCUCAAGGGCACAUCGACAGAUUUUUCACCUAGUCGGCUCGGGGAUUAGAACCAGCGACCUUUCGGUUACUGGCACAACGCUCUUAACCACUAAGCUACCUACCACAACCAAUACAGUGGGGGAAAAAAGUAUUUAGUCAGCCACCAAUUGUGCAAGUUCUCCCACUUAAAAAGAUGAGAGAGGCCUGUAAUUUUCAUCAUAGGUACACGUCAACUAUGACAGACAAAUUGAGAAAAGAAAAUCCAGAAAAUCACAUUGUAGGAUUUUUAAUGAAUUUAUUUGCAAAUUAUGGUGGAAAAUAAGUAUUUGGUCACCUACAAACAAGCAAUAUUUCUGGCUCUCACAGACCUGUAACUUCUUCUUUAAGAGGCUCCUCUGUCCUCCACUCGUUACCUGUAUUAAUGGCACCUGUUUGAACUUGUUAUCAGCAUAAAAGACACCUGUCCACAACCUCAAACAGUCACACUCCAAACUCCACUAUGGCCAAGACCAAAGAGCUGUCAAAGGACACCAGAAACAAAAUUGUAGACCUGCACCAGGCUGGGAAGACUGAAUCUGCAAUAGGUAAGCAGCUUGGUUUGAAGAAAUCAACUGUGGGAGCAAUUAUUAGGAAAUGGAAGACAUACAAGACCACUGAUAAUCUCCCUCGAUCUGUGGCUCCACGCAAGAUCUCACACCGUGGGGUCAAAAUGAUCACAAGAACGGUGAGCAAAAAUCCCAGAACCACACGGGGGGACCUAGUGAAUGACCUGCAGAGAGCUGGGACCAAAGUAACAAAGCCUACCAUCAGUAACACACUACGCCGCCAGGGACUCAAAUCCUGCAGUGCCAGACGUGUCCCCCUGCUUAAGCCAGUACAUGUCCAGGCCCGUCUGAAGUUUGCUAGAGUGCAUUUGGAUGAUCCAGAAGAGGAUUGGGAGAAUGUCAUAUGGUCAGAUGAAUCCAAAAUAUAACUUUUUGGUAAAAACUCAACUCGUCGUGUUUGGAGGAACAAAUAAUGCUGAGUUGCAUCCAAAGAACACCAUACCUACUGUGAAGCAUGGGGGUGGAAACAUCAUGCUUUGGGGCUGUUUUUCUGCAAAGGGACCAGGACGACUGAUCCGUGUAAAGGAAAGAAUGAAUGGGGCCAUGUAUCGUGAGAUUUUGAGUGAAAACCUCCUUCCAUCAGCAAGGGCAUAUAAGAUGAAACGUGGCUGGGUCUUUCAGCAUGACAAUGAUCCCAAACACACCGCCGGGCAACGAAGGAGUGGCUUCGUAAGAGGCAUUUCAAGGUCCUGGAGUGGCCUAGCCAGUCUCCAGAUCUCAACCCCAUAGAAAAUCUUUGGAGGGAGUUGAAAGUCUGUUGCCCAGCGACAGCCCCAAAACAUCACUGCUCUAGAGGAGAUCUGCAUGGAGGAAUGGGCCAAAAUACCAGCAACAGUGUGUGAAAACCUUGUGAAGACUUACAUAAAACAUUUGACCUGUGUCAUUGCCAACAAAGGUUAUAUAACAAAGUAUUGAGAAACUUUUAUUGACCAAAUACUUAUUUUCCACCAUAAUUUGCAAAUAAAUUCAUAAAAAAUCCUACAAUGUGAUUUUCUGGAGAAAAAAAUUCUCAUUUUGUCUGUCAUAGUUGACGUGUACCUAUGAUGAAAAUUACAGGCCUCUCUCAUCUUUUUAAGUGGGAGAACUUGCACAAUUGGUGGCUGACUAAAUACUUUUUCCCCCCACUGUAACUCCUACCUAACCUAGCCACCACUGCAUGCUCCAAAGGAAACACAUCUACAGGGGUGUAUAUUGACUAGGAACCAAAUGGAAGCUAAUGAAACAGGGAGGGACCUACCUGAAUUUGUCCAAUAGAAACACAUUUUCGGUGGGCAAAACCUUUUUCAGUAGGCUAAACGUUUUGCAAUUGUUUGCUACGGUAUUUGACUAAUGAACACACCCCAAGCUCUGUUCAUCCACACAUUCCCAAUUAAAUUAGUACUUCUACCCAUUGUGUUAAACGUAUGUGUUGCACUGUGUCUCUCCUUGUGGUUAUAGCUCAGGGUCUGGACCACAUAGCGGAGAACAUCCUGUCCUUCCUGGAUGCGCGCUCGCUGUGUUCGGCAGAGCUGGUGUGUAAGGAGUGGCAGAGGGUCAUCUCAGAGGGCAUGCUGUGGAAGAAACUCAUAGAACGCAUGGUCCGUACAGACCCCCUCUGGAAAGGCCUGUCAGAGAGGCACCAGUGGUGAGUACGGACUGGGAUCUCUGGCUGGGCCACCCUGGAUAACAAUGAGUUUCAUUCAGAUCACCAGUAGAAUGGAUCAAUAUCUUUCUAUCUGUUCUCAAGAACCUACAUAAUAGAAUGUAUCCAAGCAUCUUCACCUUAGGAAAAGACAAUUGAUGUUGUGGAGAUUAAUAUAUUUGUGUGUUUUUUAAAAUAGUGAUUGUGUUCUCUCUUCUAGGGAAAAGUACCUGUUCAAGAAUCGAACCACAGAAGUCCCACCAAACUCCUACUACCGCUCCCUGUACCCCAAAAUCAUCCAGGACAUAGAGGUGAGUGCUUCUGCUGCUCCCCCUUUCUUCAACCUCCCUCUCUUCUCACUGAUCUUUCCUGUGUUUCCCAUUCACUGACCCCCCCCCCUCUCUCUUUAGACGAUUGAGGCCAACUGGAGGUGUGGUCGGCACAAUCUGCAACGGAUCCAAUGUCGCUCAGAGAACAGUAAGGGGGUUUACUGUCUGCAGUAUGACGACGACAAGAUCAUCAGCGGCCUCAGAGACAACUCCAUCAAGGUCGGUGUUCCUGUUUGAUGUUGACUGAAGGGGGGUGGGGGUUGUCAUCUAAUGUCUACUGGAUAUUUUGAAUACAAGAUUACAAUAUCCAUAUUUAGAAUACAAGAAAGUGCCUUUAAAAUGUGUCAAUGCAAUGUCUAGUAAAUUUUUUAGAAAUAAUAUUUGGGGAUGAAUUUGUGAAUUUCUCACCCUCUGUGUAUGUGUAGAUCUGGGAUAAGCAGUCUCUGGAGUGUUUGAAGAUCCUGACCGGUCAUACAGGCUCAGUGUUGUGUCUGCAGUAUGAUGAGAGGGUCAUUGUCACCGGCUCCUCAGACUCCACCGUCAGGUCAGCAACUCCUCUCCCUCUCUGCUGUUGUCCUCUUACCCAUGCUCCAGGAAGCUCCAAAGCGUGUUUAAUUCAAGAGAAGAGGCAUCUGCAUGUGGUAUAUUGUGUUUGAUGGAUAUUGAUGAUCUCUCUCGGUGUCUCAGGGUGUGGGAUGUGAACACUGGGGAGGUGCUGAACACUCUGAUCCACCACAACGAGGCGGUCCUCCACUUGCGGUUCUGUAACGGUCUGAUGGUGACGUGCUCUAAGGACCGUUCCAUCGCCGUGUGGGACAUGGCCUCGCCCACAGACAUCAGUCUGCGCCGCGUGCUGGUCGGCCACAGAGCAGCAGUCAACGUGGUGGACUUCGACGACAAGUACAUUGUGUCAGCGUCCGGUGACCGUACCAUUAAGGCAAGUUUGCCCCGAUGACCUAAGGUCAACUCACUAGAGCCUCAAGCAUGGCAACAUCUCAACAAGCAUAUCUUCUAGUACUUUUGCGGUGGCACAAGACUUACUAACUUAGUCUUCUUCGUCCCUAGUGGGACCUAAGGCCGCAACAAUCUCUGCCACUACAGUCUGUCUUUUGCUGUAGCUUGGGUCCUGUCCCAUGAGAGAUCCAGCUCAGCCACCAGUCUGUCGCCAUUUUGUCUUUCGUCUGCCUACCUUGUAUUUUCCAGAGAGCAACUUUAGGGAUCCUUUCUUGAGACAUUCUUAGCACGUGUCCAACCCAAUGGAUCCUGUGCAUCUUGAUCUUAAAAGCCAUUUUUUAAAACUUUGUCUUAUACGCUUUAGAGAUCUUAUUUGGCCAGUAGAUAUUGCAGAUCUUGCAAAGACAACCAUUUGACAUCAACUCUGGUCAUGUCUGUCUUAAUGAUCCUCCAGCACUCUGAACCAUACAAAAGUAGCGACUUUACAUUGCUUUAGCAGAGUCUACUGAAUGCACAUCUGGCUUUAUUCAGCCAGGAUUUGAUUUAUUGGCUAAUGAUAGUGUGUGUGUGUGUUACUUUCUGUGAGCUAGACUGAUAAAUGAGCGGCUUCAGUUUCAUCAACGUGUCCAGUAGAGGGCAGCAUAGAGCAGGAGUUAGCGCAGUGUGUGAGGCCUGCUGUGGGAAGCACUGACUGAACCCAGAGUCCAGAGCUGAAGUCUCUCUUCCUGGGGCCAAACUGUGGCCCUGCCCUUCUGUCUCCUCAUCUCAGCCCCAACCCCAGUCUCAUCCCCAGCUCCCCAGUACCUCCCCCUGUCUUCCAGACGGUGGAUUUGUGGGCAGCCAGGAUUCCAGGAACAAAGAGACCCUGGCUAGCCCACCCAUCGCCCUGGGAGACAGGCCAAGGCAUUCCGUACCGAGCCGUCUCCCGCACACUAUGCUCCAGCUCUCUGAAAACAUUCCCUAAGUAAUAAGGGAGAGAUGGCAGACUGCAGUAUGUGUGUAUGUGUUUGGGAGAGGGAGUGUUACUCAACACCCCUAAAUGUGUAGUACUAUUAUACCUUCAUGUGUUUACAUUAAUGUGUUCAUGCAGCUGCACAGUAUCACUCUCUGACACGUGAGUGAGUGUGAAGAGGGAGAGGUGUACAGCUGGAUUAUAGCUCUGGCUGCAGACAUUCUCAGCAGCUUCAGCGUCCGGUCCAGACAGUGAUUAGUACAGAUGCAUUCUAAUGAAGGAAACAGGAAGGAUGAGGUUUCAAGAGAUGGAAAGUAAAAACUGUUAGUGUUAACAUGAAGGAUUAUGUAGGCUAAAUGCCUCUGCCUGUUUGUGUUGACCUCUGGGUUGUGUUUUUGCCUUGUCUCCCCUGCAGGUGUGGAGCACCAGCACGUGUGAGUUUGUACGUACGCUGAACGGCCAUAAAAGAGGCAUCGCCUGUCUGCAGUACAGAGACAGACUAGUGGUCAGCGGCUCCUCGGACAACACUAUCCGGUGAGUGUGGCUGUCGUAUGUGUAUCAUGUGUUUGUUUAUGAGGGUGGAAUAUUAAUCUGGGUGUUUAUUACUGGUCUAUAUUUAUAGAAUCUGUAACCUGGAGAUGAACAUAAUUUGUCAUGACUAUUCUGUCAAAUGUUACUAAACUAACAUGUAUUCUCUCUCCUCAGGUUGUGGGAUAUUGAGUGCGGGGCAUGUUUGCGUGUAUUGGAAGGCCAUGAAGAGUUAGUCCGCUGCAUUCGCUUCGACAACAAAAGGAUCGUUAGUGGAGCCUACGAUGGGUAAGGGAGGGUUUAUCCUUUUGUGGCAGGUGUUAGUCUGAGCUAAUCUCUCACUGCUAAUGGAGAUCUGACUGGUAAUGGUUUUAUUCCUUCACUCUAAUCCUGCACUUGGCGUCUGUUAAUCUUUGUAAUUCUCUUGGUUCCCCAAUCUCAAUCCCAGUCUCGGCCUGUUAAUCAGAGUCAAUUUGUUAGGCUGUUAGUCAAACUUUUAUAGGCUAGAGUAAGGGGUCCUCCAGCUUAUCCACUAACAAGACUUGAAUACUAUUUUGUUGUUUACAUGAUGAUGAUGUUAAGAGGGUGUAUCUGUGCUGAUCCUUUUGUAGUAAAAUCAAAGUAUGGGACCUGCAAGCUGCUCUGGACCCUCGCGCCCCUGCCAGCACCCUCUGUCUGCGCACACUGGUGGUGAGUCUAGUCUGGAUCUAGAACAUGGAGGUGGUGGAGGUCAUAAUUAUAAGAAUGGUUAUUGUAGAGGAUACUGAUGAAUAUGAUGUCUUUCAGGAGCACUCUGGGCGUGUAUUCCGGCUACAGUUUGAUGAGUUCCAGAUCAUCAGCAGUUCCCAUGACGACACCAUCCUCAUCUGGGACUUCCUGAACGUGUCGACCAAUGGACAGACUGAGGGCCGGUCGCCCUCUCGCACGUAUACAUACAUCUCCAGAUAGCAGGUGCACACGACUCACACACACUGUCAGGAGUACACACCUGCAUACACUCUCACUAGAAAUUACACACACUAGGGAUGAAUAGAACAUAAAUAAGUGAUAUUUUUUAUGAAAAAUAUGUUGUUCAGAUUGAAAAUGUGUAGCUUUUCGAUAGUUAAGAUAAGCAUGUCUUGUAUGCACGCACAUAUCUUUCUAUAUUUUGCAGGCCAAAUUUGGAUUAAUAAUUUUGUUGUUGUUGAUUCAUCGGCCCUAGCAGCCAUCAACUAAUUGAUUUAGAAAAUGUUUUACCCUUCCCUAACCCCCCCCCCCCCCCACACACACACACACACACACACACACACGGUGUCCUACAGACAAAUAUAUGAAGUGACACACCUACAGGAUCAAUAGUGGAAAUAGGGUGCACACACAAAAAAUACAAGUUUGCUUUUGUUGAGUAUUUUACAUUUAUUGAAUUCAAUAGUUGAACUGAGACUCAUCGAUAUGACGUCACAAGCAGCAUGAUGAACUGCAGAUGAGUGCGAUGCAAGAUGUUGCACUCACUAAAAAUAUCUGCAUGGGUGGGCUUCUGUUGGCCCGAUAUUGCUGUUUACUUGGUGCAUUGCUGACUCAACCUUUAAGCCAGCCACCCUUUUUCUUCUAUUGAUCUUCAGUCUACAAAAAAAAUGUUGGUAAGCACUGCAGCUCAUAUACAACUCUAACUUCAUUAUUUGCUUGGAGGCGGGACUCCUGACCUAAAUUGAAUGCACUUACAGGAUUACUUGCAUAGUGUGCUGAGUUUGUCUCUCUCUCUUCAGGGCAGGCCCGGUGGAAUUUGAUGUGUGCGUGGACAGUCCUAAUGGCCAAGUCAAUGUGCCAGGGUCAGAGGUCACGGAAUGGACCCACCCUCCCUUCCCACUCCUCCAUCAUCCUCUUUGCACCAUCUCUGCAUCUCUGUCCUCCUUCUGGUGUUCAUGUGGAGGAGUCAUCCCUCCCCAUCGGGCCUUCAGUGCUCAAACACAUUGCCCCCUUACCCCCCCAACCAAAACGCACACAAACGUACUCAGAGCGGAGUCUACUAGGUUAAACUAAGCCCCACCUCCCUUUACUCUGCUCACCCAAGACAGAGGCACAGACAUGGACAUGAAGGAAUCUGAUCUGAAUGGCUGGAGGAAUGGAGAGAGGGCUGGAGACGGCCUGUUGAAGAUGCCCUUGGGAGGAAAGAAAGGAGUAAGGGUCGGGGCUCAACUCUUUCCAUCCAGACUGAGUGACAGAUGCCUCAGGCCCGCCCCUUUGGGCACCAAGGACAUAUCAAUCUUGUUAUUUUCUCAUAUUUUGUUUGGUAUAAAAAAAAAAAAACUGUAAGAGAAAGCUGACGUUUAUUUCUUCCCUGAAGACUGUACUGCAUGGAUGAGUGAUGGGACAACAGUGUGCUAGUGACCUAUUUAAAAUUUUAUAUUUUAGUUAUUUGUAUUUUUUAUUUGGGACUUGUAAUUCAUUUAGCUUUCUUUGUUACAGUGUACUAAUAAUUACAAUCCCCUCUCAAAUUCACCCUCUCAUCCCUAGUUCUCUAUCCUGUGUCCGUCUUUCACUUGCUCUCCUUCUGUCCUGUUCUGUCCCCUUCUUGCUGCCUGUCUAGGUUCUGAAUGACCCCUUACUGAGCUGA